GUGAAACGUACAUUACAGAUAACCUUUAUGGGUAACAGUGAAAAACCAGAGUUCUUGCAAGCAACCGAUCAUGCGUUCUUGGUAGCUGUGGUGGCUGGAAGUGAGGCGUCGUGCACGCAGGAUGCAACCAUCACAGGUGGAACGAUGGCACGUGAUGGCAUUAAUACAGUUUGGACCAUUCCCGCUAAUUUAACAACUGAGGGAACUUAUAUUGUGUGUUACAACUCUACUGCCAAUGGAGCCCCUGUUCGUGUCUCGGUACCAGAGAAUCUGACAAUAUACGCAUUGCAGUCACCGGUUGGCAUUUUUCUACUAAAUCUUACUUCACCCACUGUUUAUAGUGGAGAACAGUUCUAUUUAAUGUUUGAUACGGCGGUUACGUUAAGUCCUGUAUUGUCUUUUGAUAGUGAUGCUGAAACUAGGGAUGCGGUG